CCUAUCAGCGAGACCCUUCGGUAUCUUGCCGUUUUACACGAAACACGAAAAAUCAAUAUGUGUAGUGGAAUUUCGGCCAGUGUUUAAAUUCGGACGCGAUUGGAAGGUUAGGAAAAUGCGGAAAACCUGGCUUUUCCGACGAUGAUGCCGCUGAACGCGUUCACGCUUACCUAAUCGAUGAUUCUGUCAUCGGGAUCCAGUGAUUGGCAUGCGAGUGAACAGUGAACGGGAAAAAUGCAUUUACAUUUCGAAAAAACUGUCAAUUCCAAGAGCGACUGCUCCAUUUUAUCGUUGACGUGGAUGGGAAAGGUGCCCGAUGAGAUACCAGAGGACGAGGGAUGGAAACUGAACAGAACGAAUUACUACCAGGAGGGUUGGCUUGCUACUGGCAAUAUAAGGGGGAUAGUUGGAGUAACAUUCACGACCAGUCAUUGCAAAAAGAACGUUGACUACCCUCUUAGAACUAACCACAACCUAAGGGGGCACAGGUCUGAGGUGAUCCUCGUGAAAUGGAACGAGCCCUAUCAAAAAUUGGCAUCUUGCGAUAGUUCCGGAAUCAUCUUCGUGUGGAUCAAGUACGAGGGACGAUGGUCGAUUGAACUGAUCAACGACCGGAAUACCCCAGUCACCCAUUUUUCGUGGUCUCACGAUGGUAGAAUGGCCCUCAUUUGUUAUCAGGACGGUUUUGUUCUUGUAGGAUCGGUGGCCGGGCAACGUUACUGGUCUUCCAUGCUGAACCUGGAAGCGACGAUAACUUGCGGCAUCUGGACGCCCGACGACCAACAGGUAUACUUCGGUACCACGUCCGGACAGAUCAUCGUGAUGGACGUCCACGGUGCGAUGGUGUCCCAGGUGCAGCUGACUAACGAGUCGGGCAUAACCUCUAUGGCUUGGUCAUGCGAAAAGUUCAAGAUGGAGGAGGGGGACGACAACGACCCCGGCGUGGCCAAUGCAGGUGAAAGGAAAUUCGUUCUGGCCGUUUGCCUGCUGAACGGACUGGUUUAUCUCUUGAAGACCUUCGACGACGUUUCCCCACUUCACAUCCAGACGGGCCUCCAGGGCCCUUUAUGCAUGGAGUGGAGCAACUCCAGGGAAUUGCUGGCUAUCGCCGGGGUUGAAUCAACAAGCAAAGGGACGGGGAAUCAAAUAGAAUACUCCAACUUAUUGAAGUUUUAUAACGAACGUGGGAUCCUGCUCUACCAGGCGAAGAUUCCUUUCAAACAGGCAGCUGUAUCUUCUCUAACGUGGGGUCACAACGAUAAGAGACUGUUCAUAGCCACUGGAACCCAAAUUCACAUAGCUUGGGUAUCCAGAAGGAUAGCUACGUUGCAGCUCCUCUGUCGCCUGAAGAUACACGACAGUAUACUGAACGAAACGCACUUACCGCUGCUACCUCUGCCGGCCAGGAUACGGAACCUGAUAGGGAACCUCUUCGCUCAGACUAUAAGGUGUUGCGUCCCCGAACCCAGCUCUCUCAGGGAAUUCGUGUCCAGGCCCCCAGUCGGCUCGGUGAGGUUACAUUGCACCAUGAUCAGGCAUGAUGACGACACCAAUUCGUCGUCAGGGACGUGCUACACCCUGUAUCUGGAGUACUUGGGCGGUCUGGUGCCGUUGCUGAAAGGGAAGAGGACGAGCAAGAUAAGACCGGAGUUCGUGAUCUUCGAUCCUCAGGUGGAACUUCCGGAAAACGGUCAGCAUUGGUCCUCCGAAACGAAGAGUUCCGGCUCUUCCAGUCAAUCUACCAGCGGCGGAGGUAUGAUCACGGACUCCUCGGACAGCGAAAAGGAGGAAGGAUGCACCAGUUCCCCAAGAAUGCAAAGGAGGAGGAAGAAGAGGAACAAAUCGCACGGUAGGACGCCCCACACCGACCGUAACGCCACUUCGAACCCCUCCGAAGGAGAAAACGAAGAUUUGGCCUACGUCGAUACUUUACCAGAGUACGUGCCUCUGGUCGAGGUCACCUCCAACAUAUGGGGCACCAAGUUCAAAAUCCAUGGUCUACCAACCUCCACUCCCGCCAAUCUGGGUCAGGUCACCUACAAAACGUCCCUGCUCCACCUGCAGCCGCGUCAGAUGACCCUGAUCAUCACCGAGCUGACGGACGACUUCCCGGUGUGUCCCGAUCCAACCUUCAACCCCAACCUAUUCUCCGAAGACGAGGACGACGCUGUGCAGACUGACGAAAAGGGCAGGUCGUCUAGGAUCCCCCUGGAGAAUUGCCCCCCCAUAGCUCCCAUACUUCCCAGGGGAGGUUGCGUGGGGAAAAAGCCCACUCCUUUCAAUAGUUCCUUCCUCACUCCAGAAUCUCAGAAGAAGAACGGUCCUGUGCUGGCCAGAGCCGAGUCGUAUGAGGACGAGGCUACCUACCAAGACGUUCAAGAAGUCGUUAGUUAUUGUGAUAUAAUCCGUCCACAAACAUCAAGCAGCACAAAUAAUAAUAAUAAUAUUUAUCUGAAUUUGCGUCCGUCGAACAACCAGAGUUUUGUGGGACAGUUCAACAAGAGCAGCAACGGAAGCUCGACAAACCAAAGGCACGCCAUCUCGCCUCUGUAUUGCGAGGGAUCGGUACCGGCCCUACAGUCGCCCAAGAACGCAGUGGCCCCCAGCGACAUAAUUUUCGACAGACCACCGGCUCAAACCCUGCUAUCUUACAGCUGCGACUACUCGAACACUUCCAACGUCCAGAACAUCAAAUCGAACAUGCUUAACGACGUGCCCCGCAACGGUUUAUCCUUCCAGUCCAGCGACAGGACGAAGGCGGUCAGCCAGAACAAGCCGGACAAGAACGCGCAACAGUCCAAGACUUGCAACAGACCCAAAGGAGUGCCAAAUACCCAGCUGAAGUUCAUUGACGAGGAGAACGCCUUGGAAGCAGUUCCAGGACCUUCCAAUCUUAGAACGUCCGCCUUACCGUUGCCGGACGCCAUGGUUAGGAGCUGCAGCAUGGGCUAUCUGGACAUGGUGGACGUCCAACUUGUGCCAAGCGAGGUGGCGCUGCUGAUGCUGCGCAAGGACGCGCCCAGACGAUUGAUACUGGUCAACAAGAAGCCGAAACAGAAGCGGCAGAGCAGACAGACCAGCAGGCACUUCCAGGAAACGGCGAAGGCGAUCAGCGACAAGACGCCGAACUUGAAGAACUGCGGCAAGUCCAAGAGCCUCGAUUCCAGCGAUAUAUUCGUGUCGGACAAGCCCAACCCCAUACGUUCGGUCCAGAAUCAGAUAGAAGAGGUGAUACCGGAGGUGGUGACCGUUAAAAAAACGGCGGAGUGCAAAUCCACCAGUUCUUCGUCCACCGACAACGAGAACAACAGGAAGGAAUGCUCCAGGUUGGGUUUUUUCGGGGGUAGAUCGCCGCUGAUGAGGCGAAAGAAGGACAAGGAUAAGGACGAUAAGAAGGGGAGGGGGAAGAGUAAAAAGGAGCACUCUGUGAUAAGGGAGCAGAACGAGGAGAAUUCCAAGCAGAACUUGCCGUUGCACACGCAGGCCUUGACGAAUCUGGAGAAAUUGAUCACGAGGCUUAGGGAAGACGAUGGUAGAUGCUCUGCGCCGUCUUCGCCGAGACUUCCGAGAAGUUCCCCAGCUUCCCCGGCACCAUCUAAGAAAGGCAAGCGACCCCAGAGCGCAUCCCCCAUCCGUAAAAACCUACUGUCUUCUCCCCUUCUGGGCAGGAAAAAUAGGAAGAAUAAACUGCAGGAAAGCUCGGACGACGAGGUGACUGCCUCCGGCGAUGAAAUCUUCAACGGUACGAACUACAGGGACCUGGAAACGUUCCAGAAGGCGCAGUUGAGGCAGAAGCUGAAGAGGGGUAAGAUUGAGCCGAACGGGAGCAGUUUCAACAACCCCACAGUGCCGCAGAGGAGGGAGUUCGUGAUGCACAACAAGGCGCCGAUGUGGAACGAGAACAGCCAGGUUUAUCAGCUGGAUUUUGGUGGUAGGGUCACGCAGGAAUCGGCGAAGAACUUCCAGAUCGAAUUCAGGGGAAAACAGGUUAUGCAGUUCGGGAGGAUAGACGGCAACGCCUACACCCUAGAUUUUCAGUACCCCUUCUCGGCUUUGCAGGCGUUUUCAGUAGCAUUAGCCAACGUUACCCAGAGGUUGAAAUAGUGCCAUCUUCGGGGUAAAAGACUGGCGAUCUACUGAAUUUUUAAUGAAUGUAAAUUUAUUAGGUGAAGAGAUAUCAAAUGUGAAAUCAAUGUUUUUGAUAAAAAUAUUUUUAUAGGUAAUAUCUUUUGAAGAAUAUGAUAUAAUAUAUCGCAAAAAAUCUAAGAUUCCUUCUCGGUUCGCUCCGCGAUCAAAAUUUUUUUUAUGAUUGUUGCCUUGACGAAUGGUGAAAUUUGAAGCGGGAAUUUUUGAGCUCAACUGAAGGCCAAGUAUUAGAUUAACAUAAUCUCGAAUAACUAGUCCUUGUUUUCCUUCUUUCGGUGAAAAAAUCUACAUUCCACCUUCGUUUUUAUCGAUUUUUAUUUAAUUUAAAGCUACUAAAAAUUAUCGGAGGGUAGUAAUCGACUCCCAAUGAAGGUAAUGUGCUGUGCGUUAAAAAAAAGUCCAUAUUGCAUUACUACUAAUACAUUUAUCAAAGAACCAUACAGGAUGAAUCCCACAGUCGAUGGCAAGUUAAACUUUUACUACAUGUCCUGCCUUGUAAUCGCACCACGUGACAACGGCUGAACCGAUUUUAUUUAUUUUUCUUUUAAAACCUUCCUCAUAUUCUAAAGAAGGUUCUUACAGAAAAAAAUUUUGGAAAAGUUGACUGGGAAAGUGGGAAUAUUUAUGAAUGAAAAAUGGAGCCAUGUUUGUCUUUGUCAUCGCAUCACGUAAGAACGGCUGAACCGAUUAAACUGAUUUUAUUUUUAAAACAUUCCCCAUACUUUGUAGAAGGUUCUUACAGAAGAAAAAUUCGGAAAAGUUGCCUGAGAAAAUCGGGAAAACUGAAUGACAGAUCUGGGUCAUUCAUUUCUGUAAAUGUUUAACUUGCCGGACAAUUUCAGACACCCUGUAUGUUUCUUGAAUGGAACAAUCUACUUAGUUUUAUAUCAUCUUUCGUGCAAAUUAUGCAUAAUUCAAAAGAGAAAUGAUACCAGGUCGACGAUUUGGAUAGUUUGCAUUCUCUCCAAGAAUCUCGAGUAGACUGAAGCAAAAACACUCCAGUUUUUUGCAUACUCAAUACAUUCAAUUUCUAUUGGAAAAGGCUGAAACAUUUCAUUGAAUUUUUUGUAUUUUCGUAACAAUAGUGCACAUACCAAAGUAUUAAUUUUCAUAAAGGUCGCAUAAUGACAAAACGUAAGCUUUAAUAUCGCAUUGUUUUGCUGAUAAAUAUGUCCUAAUUCUCAGUAUAGAGAUUGAGUCAAACCAGACAUUUUUUUCAGUAUCGAUAUAUACGGUAACAUUUGUAAUGGAAGAUAGGCGAAAUGGAAAAGUUUCAGGAAACAUAAUUUUAUUAACUACCGUGAAUUGUGUUGUUUAUUUAAUCCUUUCACAUAUAAUUAUUGUAACGAGAGUAUAUUUUGAUGUUCGCUUCAACUCGAUAUUGUUACCUGUUGUAUGUGAUUUGUUUCGGUAAAAAUUUACGUUUUUAAAAUUUUAACAUAUGGGUAUCUGUUGAUUUGUGUAUUAUCAAAUGUUUAAAUAUUUAUUGUUCGUGAUCUGUUUGUAUCAGACUUAUUGUGCAAGUAAAUGCGCUUUUUCAUAA